AUGCUCGCGGAGCUGCGCGAGACGGCCAUCCGGCGCCUCGGCGAGCUCCUCGACGCGGCGCCGGACGUCGCGGACCAGAUCGCGGCCCUCGAGCGCGCCGGCGUCGCCCCGGAGAAGCUCUUCGCCGCCGCGCUCAAGCGGCGCGGCGCGGCGCCGGCGGCGCGGCCGCCGGCCCUCGACGGGAGCUGGGCCGCGGCCCUGCGCACGGGCCGCGUCGCGGCGUCGCUCCACUCGCUCGUCGUCGACAACGGCGCGGUCUACGGCUUCGGCUUCGACCCGCUCGGCGCGCCGCGGCGGGGCGCGCGCCACGCGCCGCGGGCCCUGCCCGGCCUCGCGGGCCGCGCCGUCUCCGCGGCGGCGGGCUGGGGGUUCUCCCUCGCGCUGACGGACGACGGCGCCGUCCACGGCGGCGGCCGCGGCUUUUCGCCGGGGUCGCUCGCGGCCGUCGCGGGCCUCGGCGCCGUCCGCGUCGCCAUGGUCGCCGCGGGCGCCGCCCACGCCCUCUGCCUCGACGACGCGGGGCGCGUCUGGAGCCUCGGCUGCGGCGACGACGGCCGCCUCGGCCGCGGGCCGGACCGCGACCCGGCGCCCGCGGUCGUCUGCCGUGCCCUCGCGGCGACGGCGGGCGGCCGGGUGUACAGCUGGGGCCACGCCGGCGCCGGCCGCCUCGGCCGCGGGCCGCCCGCGUGGCCCGAGGAGCCCGCGCCGAAGCCCGUCGCCGUCGCCGUCGCCGUCGCGGCCGUCGCCGCGGGCAAGUACCACUCCCUCGCCGUCGCCGCCGACGGGAGCCUCUACGCCUUCGGCGACAACUCCUACGGCCAGCUCGGCCUCGGCGGCGACGACGACGCCUUCGAGCCCGCGCGCGUCGACCUGCCGGCGGGCGCCGUCGUCGUCGCCGCGGCCGCGGGCGGCAGCCACUCCGUCGUCCUCCUCGAGGGCGGCGACGUCCUAGGCUUCGGCUCCAACGCCGACGGCCAGCUCGGGGAGCUCGAGGACGUCGAGGACGUCGAGAGCGACGGCGACGGCGAGGACGACGGCGACAGCGACGGCGCGGACGGCGAGGACGGCGCCUCGAGCGGCGACGACGCGAGCGACGCGUCCGACGACUCCGACGGUUCCGACGAGACCGCGGCCGAGGUCUGGACGCCGACGCGCAUCGCGGGCCUCUGCGGCCGCGGCGUCGUCGAGGUCGCGGCCGGCGGCGACGCGACGGGCGACGCCGGCCACACGCUCGCCGUGACCAAGGCCGGCGCCGUCUUCGCGCUCGGCGCGGGCCAGCACGGCCAGCUCGGCGCGGGCCUCCCCCGCGCCGCCACGCCCGUGCCCGUCGCCAUCCCGGCGGCCGCCGCGCCGCCGCGCGCGAGGCGCGGCCAGGCCUGGGCCGCGAAGCGCAAGACCAAGUCGAAGCAGUAA